AUGGCAAUAACCGCAACUCAAAACGACGGCGUCUCGUUUAUCUCCGAUAAGACUUCAUACGAUCUAGUUGAAACCGAUGUUGAGAUCAUCACUUCCGGUCGCCGUCGAAUUCCGGCACACUCCGCAAUCCUGGCUUCUGCGUCACCGGUACUUACAAACAUCAUAGAGAAGCCGAGGAAACUCCACGGCGGAUCAUCGAAGAGAGUCGUUAAGAUUCUCGGCGUCCCAUGCGACGCCGUUUCAGUCUUCGUCAGAUUCCUCUAUUCUCCCAGUUUGUCGGAGAAGGAUAUGGAGAAAUACGGAAUCCACCUACUGGCUUUGUCACACGUGUACAUGGUGACUCAGCUAAAGCAACGGUGCACGAAAGGCGUCGGCGAGAGAGUCACGACCGAGACCGUGGUCGAUGUUCUCCAGCUGGCUCGGCUCUGCGACGCACCUGACCUCUAUCUCAAGUGUAUGCGUUUGAUCCACUCCAAGUUCAAGACCGUUGAGCAGACCGAAGGAUGGAAGUUUCUUCAAGAACAUGAUCCUUUCCUCGAACUCGACAUUCUUCAAUUCAUCGACGACGCUGAAUCGAGGAAGAAAAGAAGAAGGAGACACAGAAAAGAACAGGAUCUUUUUAUGCAAUUGAGUGAGGCCAUGGAAUGUCUAGAGCACAUAUGCACCGAAGGUUGCAAAUUGGUCGGACCAUCGUCCAACUCAGGGGACGACAAGUCAACAACAUCAGUAGUGAAAACGGGUCCGUGCAAUGCGUUCUCCACUUGUUACGGGCUCCAACUUCUGAUACGUCACUUUGCGGUAUGCAAGAAACGAGUCGAUGGCAAAGGCUGUAUCCGUUGCAAGAGAAUGAUUCAACUUCUCAGACUCCACUCUUCGAUUUGUGACCAGUCCGAAUCUUGCCGUGUCCCUCUUUGCAGGCAAUUUAAGAAUAAAGGGGAAAAGGACAAGAAAAUGGUUGAGGACACGAAGUGGAAGAUUCUGGUGAGAAAGGUUGCGUCUGCGAAAGCCAUGUCUUCGCUGUCUCAGUCAAAGAAGAAGAAAAGUGAAGUGUUGUUAAAGGAAGAAGCAGAAGAUUUCAUCAGAAUCCGGAAGAAGUUAAUGUGA